AUGGAGAAGGUCAGCUUGAGGGAGGAAGCCGAGCAGUUUCUCAUUGAGGAGUCUGUCAACUAUAAUGCUGAGAGCAAGUGCUUGGAGGCCGUCCUCCCCUUUAUCAAAUCUCCGGAGGGAAAUUUAAAAAAUAACUUUAACAGAGCUUUCAAGAUCUUGGAAACUCAAGUCAAGGGUGCUGCAAAAAGUGAACAGACGAGACUAGACGUCCUUGCAUCGCACAACAAGUUAAGAGAUAAGGGACAUGUUAUGCCACUUGAUGAACUCCCUGAGGAUGUCCGUGAAUGUGCUCUAGAGGAACCUGGUUAUUAUAUACCUUGGAGAACAGUUUGGAAUGCAAGUAGUUUGUCGACUCCGUGCAGAAUGGUUUUCGAUGCGUCCAGCACGACCCCAGGUGGUGAAUGUUUAAAUAAUAUUCUGGCUAAGGGUGAGAAUAAGUUAAGCAACCUUCUCUCUAUUUUGAUCCGGUUUCGAACCCUCCCCUUUGCCUUCACCGGAGAUGUAUCCAUGGCAUACAACGGAAUCAAAUUGAAACCAGAACAUUAUAGAUUCCAAAAGUAUUUGUGGAAGGAGGAUUUGAACCCGGAGAACCCUGUGAGGAUCAUGGUCGUAAAAACUUUAAUUUACGGAGUCCGUCCGUCGGGAAAUCAACUUAUGGCUGGGUUCAACAAAUUGGCGGAUUACUGUAUCAAGGAGUACCCGGAGCACGCUGAAGGUGCGGACGUGCUUAUAUCUAACACAUAUGUUGAUGAUGCAGUUCGUUCUUGUGAAGAUGAGAUCAGCAUGAAGAACGAGUCGGAGAGUUUAAUCUUUGUACUGACUCAGGCUGGCCUGGGAGUUAAAUCCAUAACCUGGAGUGGAAGCAAACCAUCUGAACUAGUGUCUGGAGAUGGGGUUCAUGUUGGGGUUGUGGGUUUGUUAUGGGACAGUGAGAAGGACCAGAUAGGGAUUGAUGUGAAACCUUUGUAUUUUGGUAAAAUGAAACGGGGUAAGGCCCCUGAACUAGUGACUGGUGAUGUAAAAACCGCUUUGUCCUCAGUUUUUUCUAGGCGAACCCUGUGGGGACAGGUUGCAAAGUUUUGGGAUCCGAUGGGGCUGUUGACUCCAUUAACCUCGAGGCUCAAGCUUGACCUCCGAUCUGUGACCUUGCUAGGUUUGGAUUGGGAUGACAAGAUCCCUGACGAAUACUUGGAUACAUGGGUGAGAAAUCUUAGUGAUAUAGAAGCUGCCAAAGAGAUAAGAUUUCGACGAGCAGUGAUUCCCCCUGAUGCUCUGGAAUGCCAGGUGGAUAUGAUCACCUCAACAGACGCAUCGGAGAACAUUGCUGUCGCAUGUGUACACACACGUGUUCGACUUCAGCAGGGAGGCUUUCAUGUUCAACUGAUGGCAGCAAAGUCGAGGUUGGUGAGUACAAAUACAAUACCUAAAGCAGAGCUGAAAGGGGCAGUAAUGGGGGCUUGUAUUAGUCAUGUAGUUCGAUCUAACCUAGGUGCAGUUUUAAAUACUUCCUUAUAUGUAACGGAUUCAACAAUUGUAUUAUACUGGAUCCAACAGGAUCAACGCCCCCUGCAAACUGGAGUUCGAAAUGGAGUAGUUGAAAUCCAUAGGUUUUCUAAUGCUAGUAGAUGGUUCCACAUUGAGACAGAGCUGAAUGUUGCAGACAUAGGAACAAGAUGGUGUGAGGUGUCUGACCUUGGACCAACCUCCAUUUGGCAAAAUGGAGCAGAAUGGAUGAAAAUGGAGGAGGCAGAAAUGCCUAUCAAGACUAUCUCUGAGAUUACGAUGAAUGGAGAGCAGAAACGUCUUGCUGCUCAAGAAAUGAAAGCCUCUGAUAUCCACGGGGUAAGAAUCCACUCUCUGAGAACUAAGGUGGCCGACAGGUACGGGUUCAGUGAGUACCUGGUGGACCCCAACAAGUACAGCUGGGAGUUCGUGGUUAGGAUUAUGAGUUACGUUUUGAGGUUUAUUCGUAAAGUCUUAUCAAGGUAUUCACCAGUAUGGAGGCCCCCUGUGAAACCUGAAGGAGCUGUGGACCUGGUGGACACGGUGGCAGCCAACCCCUUAGAGCUGGGUGGCGAUGAUAUUCUCUGGGGGGAAAACUAUUUCUUCAAACUUGGAUCUGAUGAGGUGAAGCAUUUUUGUUCUAAAAAAGAUUUCCAGGGGUGUACUGUUGAGAAAGGGGGGAUUUUGUUCUAUACUAGCAGAAUUCUUGACGGUCAAACUAUCGAGGACCCUGAGGAGGCAAUGCUUGACCUCCAACCUCUAUCAUUUGUUAGACCAGUCUUGGACAGAUUUUCUCCAGUCGCCUAUUCGAUAAUGUUACAUGCACAUGGAGUAGUGAGUAAACACCGAAAUGCAAUUUGUACCUUGAGGGAAUCCCGAGCUAUUGCGUAUAUAUUUCGAGGACGUGAUUUAUCCAUAGAGGUUAGGGAGAAUUGUGUUUCUUGUAGGAGGUAUAGAGCUAAGCUUUUAGAGGUUGAAAUGGGACCCCUCCAUGAGAACAGAUUAACUGUUGCCCCUGCAUUUUACCUGGUUCAAGUGGACCUAUUUGGGCCCUAUCAAGCCAUGUGUGAACACAACCACAGAAGUACAGUCAAGUGCUAUGGCCUCGUCUUCAAGGACCCGUCGACCUUGGCUGUUGCAAUCCACAUGAUGCAAAAUUAUAGUACAUCUGCAUUUCUUCAAGCGUACACAAGAUUCAGUUCUCGUUAUGGGCACCCUGCGAAGUUAUUCAUCGAUGCUGGUAGUCAGCUCGUGAAAGCGUGUAAGGAGGCUGAGAUCUCUAUUGUUGACAUAUCAAGAGAACUAUCGACAAAGUAUCAGGUUGGAGUGGAUUAUCAAACCUGUCCAGUUGGAGGACAUAAUGCCCAUGGAGCCGUUGAACGCAGUAUUAGAGACAUUAAAGUAUUGUUAGGCAGGGUGUUCUCUGGGUUCAAGCUUGACCUGAUAUCUUAUGAGACGUGUUUUGCUUGGAUCUCGAACGAAUUGAAUUGUUUUCCAAUCUGUAUGGGAAGCAGAACUUCAAACCUUGACCAUGUGGACCUUAUCACCCCUUCUAGGUUGCUGUUGGGUCGAAAUAACCGUCGGUCUCUGGGCGGAUAUGCAAAGAUUGAUGUCCCAUCUCGGCUUAUGGAUCAAAUGGAUCGAGUGUAUAAAAGUUGGUGGAAUGUGUGGGCUACUGAGAGGAUUGUGGAUUAUAUUCCUCAAUCUCCGACAUGGAAAACAACCUCUAAACAACCCUCUGUUGGAGAUGUUGUUAUUUUCUUAAAGACAGAGGCUGAGGCUGGAUUUGGGGAACCUGUUUGGAGGAUGGGUCGGGUUGAUGAUGUUGAGUACUCUGCUGACGGGAUUAUACGUGCUGUGAUUAUUUCCUAUAAGAAUAACAAUGAGGCUACAUUUAGAAGUACAAGAAGAUCUGCUAGGAAGAUUGCAGUGUUACACCAUGAGGGUGACCUGGAGCUAAUUGAAGAACUUAACCAGGCAUCCAGGGAUGCUGGAGUACAUUUCUUUUUCAGGAACCCAGUGUGA